AUGCAAGUAAUUACUUCUCUACAUUCCCUUGUGCUUUGCAACUCAUUGCACCGGCCGAAGAUAAUCGGGUUUGGGUUCAAGCAACUCCAUAGGCCUAACAGAACCGCCAUGGUUUAUGCAUCGAACAAGGAUGCAUACGGCCACGAUUACGACGGGAAGGUCGUCGACGAAAACAUGGUCGUUCUCCGACAAAGAAUUCACGAGAUGAGGAUGGAGAAGAUGAGCCACGAGCCGCCUUCUCAUUGGAUGGAAUGGGAGAAGCAAUAUUACGCUAAUUAUGGUUCGCAUGUUUGUGAAGCAAUGCAGUUGUUGCAAUCCCAGGUGAUGAAUACAAGGCCUAGCUUGGCUUUGGGAAUGGUGGCUCUUAUUAUGCUCAGCGUACCAACUUCAAUGGUGCUCAUUGUGUUUCAUUUGGUGGAGUUAGCUGGGAUUACUCCUUAG